UGUUAAUGCUGCAAAUAAAAGGCGAAGUAAAUAAAUGUAUGAUUGUGAUUAUUUUUUAAGUUAUUGUUCCCUGCAUUUUUUUUUCGAAUUUCAUUUUAGACAAUCAACUUAAAAAUUUACGUGAAGCCAAUCAGCCAGCGCCUUGCCCCCUUGACAGUCAUACAUCCGUAGCAUUGUUUUUUUAGCGGUCAUACUUUCAAAGAUCAAAACUUUUUAGCAUUUUUGUUUUUGAUAUAAAAACUCAUUACCUGUAAGGAAAUUUUUUUUUUUUAAUUUAAAAUGACUGCAUCAACUAUGAAAGCAAUUGUAUAUCACGAUAGAGGGGAUGUUCGAUAUGAUCCAGCAUUCCCCGAACCAAACAUAACACGUGGUGAUGACGUGAAGAUUAAAGUCCAUUAUUGUGGGAUCUGUGGGUCUGACUUGAAAGAAUAUACCGAUGGACCAAUUUUCUUUAGUAAGAAAGGUACUAAUAAUGAAAUUUCUAAUUUACCAUACCCUCAAUGUAUGGGACAUGAAAUAAGUGGUGAAAUUAUUGAAGUGGGUAAGGAUGUUACCAAUGUUGUUCCUGGUGAUAAAGUUGUCGUUGAAGUCACGGGAACUUGUUUUGAUAGAUAUAGAUUCCCAGAUUCUCCAGGAUUUGAUAAGCCAAAAUGUCCAAGUUGUCAUGUCGGACAUUACAAUGCAUGUGACUACCUUGGAUUGACUGGGUUGGGGUUCACUGAUGGUGGUUGUUCUGAAUAUUUAGUUACUGCUGCAUCAAAAGUCAUCAAGUUUGAUGAAAAUAUCAUUCCAAUGGAUGUUGCUGCAUUGGUACAACCAAUUGCUGUCAGUUGGCAUGCAGUUAGAGUGUCAAGAUUUGUUGAAGGUCAAAGUGCAUUGAUUUUAGGUGGUGGUCCUAUCGGAUUAACUACCAUCUUUGCCUUGAAAGGUCAUAAAGUGGGUCAUAUUGUUUUGAGUGAACCGGCAUUGGCUAGAAGACAAUUGGCUGAAAAAUUAGGUGUUGAAGUAUUUGACCCAACUGGUAAAUCAGUUGAACAAUGUGUCACUGAAUUAAGAGCAAUGUCACCAAAUGGUCACGGGUUUAACUAUUCAUACGAUUGUUCAGGUGUCCCAGCAACUUUUGAAACUGGUUUAAAGACUUUAAAUAUACGAGGAACCGCCACCAAUGUUGCUGUUUGGGCCCAUAAAUCAGUAUCAUAUUUCCCAAUGGAAACCACAUUCUCCGAAAAAGUUGUUACUGGAUCAAUUUGUUUUGUUAAAGAAGAUUUUGAAGAUUCAAUUGCAGCAAUUCAAUCAGGAUUAAUAUCUGUUGACGAAUUAAAAUUGUUGAUUACUUCAGUUAUAAAGUUGGAAGAUGGGGUUGAAAAGGGAUUUUUGGAAUUAAUUCACAAUAAACAAAAUCAUAUUAAGAUUUUGUUUACUCCUAGACAAGAUGUUACUUUGACAGCAUAAAGGCAUAUAGAAUAAUACAACAUUAAUUUGAAAAUAUAUACAAUGUAGAGCUAUUUACGCCCUCGCCAAACUAUCAUAUUGAGGGCUACUGUAAUCGUAAUUAUUCAGGUACACUUCUAAUCUAUCCACCAAGAAUUUCAAUAAUUCUUCAAUUUCCAGAACGAGAACACUGACACUUAUGGUAUCCAUGGUGGUUUGUCCAAUCAACCCUGGGAAUGAUAUUAACAAACGCAACAAAUGUUCCACUCCAUACACUUUACUUUGACUGUUUUCUUGAUUAAUUAAAUCUGUUUUUAAGAAGUUAAGAUAUUGCAAACUUUCAUAUUUGUAAAGUAGAAUUAAACUCAAUGACUUGUUAAAGUACACUUCUAAUCCUUCCAGAAUUUCCACAAGAAUUCUAAUUUGGUCUGCUGAUAGUUGUUUAGUUCUAUAGGUUUUAUAAUCUUGAAGAAUAUUGCUUACUGGAUGAUCACUUGGCAAGGAUACUAACUUUCUAUCUUUAGUAAUGUACUCCCAAUCAUUUACAAGUACAUACUUCAACUCUCUAGGGAAUUCGAGAUUGAUUGUAACGCUAGAUUUUUUCUUUUUGGUAGUUGUCGCUGUCGCUGUCGUUGUCGUUGUUUUUGCUUUUUUAUUUACAGGUUCGUUUGAAGUAUUAACCGUUUUAGCAGUGCUGGUUGUACCAGUAUCAGGAGAAGAAGCUUUCGACUUGCGCUUCUUAAUUAGUUGAUCUAAUUCUUGCUUUUUAUACUUGUUCUCCUCAGUAAAUUCCAUUAUUCUAUCAACACCAACCCAUUCAUCCCAUUUGGAGUUCCAGCCUUGAUAAUGUAAGAAAUAAGCUGUUUGUUUCUCCCAUUUACUUACAUUAAACUUUGGAUUAAUAGCAUAUGUUUCUAUUUGAUUAUCUUGGUUUAUUAUAUGUGUAUCUAACGCACGUCGGACUUUUAUAAUUUUAGCUUCGUAGAUUAGAGGGCCAUGAUAUGCAUAUACAGAUUGAUUUGGUUUAAAAUCGGACAUGUGGUAACUGUAUAUGUUUAAUAU